CGUUGUGUUUCCCAAUCUGCUUUGCACUUUAACAGAUAUGAUGAACUGCCCGUCAACUGGACAACAAGGCAACUGUAUGUGGCCUUGUCAGAGCACUCAGCAACCAGGGGCCCCAGUGUGGCCCAGUCAACCAUACCAACCAUGCUGGCCUUAUCAGCCCAACCAAGCUAACUGGCCUGGGAUGCAGCCCAGUGUACCGAACUGGCCAGCUUACCAGCCUGCACAACCCCCCCAAUCAGUUUGGCCAAGUCCUAGUCAACCCAUCCAACCAAACCAACUCUUGCCACCAGGUCAACCAAACCAACCCUUCUUACCAAGCCAACCAAUGACGCCAAGUCAACCAAGUCAACCAAUGACACCAAGCCAACCCUUCUCACCAAGCCAACCAAUGAUGCCAAGUCAACCAAUGACACCAAGUCAACCAAAUCAACCAAUGACACCAAGCCAACCCAUCUCACCAAGCCAGCCAAUGCCACCAAGCCAACCAGUGCCACCAAAUCAACCAAUGCCACCAAAUCAACCAAUCCAGCCUGUCCCACCAGGCCAAGCAAUAUGGCCCUCACAACUACCCAGCCCUUCUUCCCCAUCAUGGCAUGGAAAUCCUGGCCAGCCAGGUUGGCCUAAUCAGGGCUCCACUGGCGUUCAUCAGUAUUCAUGGCCUCCUGUCCCAUACACAGCACCUGUGUCAGUGCCUUUCAACAUGAAUUUUCCCAGAGGCAUCUAUGAUAAGCUGAUGCUUACAAUAAGAGGACAAGUAAAGCCUGAUGCAAAAAUGUUUACUGUUAAUUUCGUACAAGGAAAUGACAUCGCCCUGCAUAUCAACCCACGUUUCAAUGAGAGGGGAAAGCAGGUUCUUGUUCGCAACCACAAGCUGGGGGAUCAGUGGGGACCAGAGGAGAGAUCGCUCCUAGCACCAUUCCCCUUUGCCGCAGGACAACACUUUGAGAUGAAGAUCCUCUGUACAACUGAAGAAUUCAAAGUGGCGGUCAAUAACACACCUGUAUUUGACUUCAAGCACCGCAUCAGGGAGGUGAACCAGAUCGAUCGUAUCAACAUCCUGCAUGAUGUCAUUCUUACAUCCGUCAAUGUGGACACUCUUCCUUGAGACACAACCACAUAACUGCUGUCUCUAUCUUACCUUUGUGUAGAACAGUUAGGAACAAGAUUACUUGUGCAGUCCCUUAAAAGAUGUAGUUGAAUAAUGACAGGUCUUUGUUAUUCCGAAGUUCUUGACGUUCUAACUGAAGGGUUGUUGUUCAUCUCUCACUUCGCAAAUGUAGACAU